AUGACCGAAGCUCCGAAUGGCUCUGCGCAGCCCAGCGCCAAAGCAAACGGAAGUCGCAGGAUUCGGAACAAGCCAGGCUUCCUCCGUUGGUCGAUAAGCUUGGUAGCACGCCUCACCACAUGGGCUGCCAUUCUCACGAUCCUCUUCCGAUGCCCACCCACGCUCCAAGACUGUGAUGAGACGUCCCCUUUUGUCUGCAAGCACUAUUUUCAAGUCAAAAAUGCCAUCGCGCCCCAUGUUCAGCCCUACUACGACCAGUACGCCGCGUCCUACGUCGACAUUGCCCAGCCCUACUACGACACGGUCAAGACCACCGUGAUUGCGCCCGUCCGACACUAUGCUGUCCAAUACGGCGAGCCUUGGGUCGUCAAGGGCCGCGAUUAUGCCCUCAUACAGUGGGAGGUCAAUGGCCAACCGCGCAUCGCCCAGCUGCAGGCCUUUACGCAAAACCACUACGACAAGUUUCUCGCGCCGCACGUCUCCAAGGCCGUCGCCCUGGCAGAGCCUUACUACAACAUCGCCAAGACGCAGUCGCUCUACGCUAUUGACAGCAUCGUAUACCCUGCGUAUGAAUUCUCCAAGCCAUACGCCAUUUAUGUCUACGAGGCCUCGCACAAAUUUGCCGCCAAUACGGUGCUGCCGGCAGCCCAGUGGACGUGGUCCAACAGCAAUGCAUUUCUCAAUCGCGCGGUGUGGCCCCAGUUGCGCGCUGUAUACGUUGAGAAUGUCGAGCCGCAGCUUGUGCGCAUUGGUGAGCGCCUGGGGCGCUACAAGUCGCACGCGAAAAGCAAGGCCUUGCACGAAGCGUCCAGCACCUGGGCACCCAGCUCCAGCAGCUCGACGACUGGUACAAUCACCCAGUCAUCGUACGUAAGCAAGCCUGCUCCCCAGAGCACUACUCUGGACGUCAGCGACAGCCAACCAAGCGACACGCCUCUGCAGCGCGAGACAGAGGCUGAGCUCGGAUCAGGACGCGGCGCUGUCGAGGCUCCAGAACCCGAAGAAAACGAAUCCGACAUGCAGCGAAAAGUGCGUGAAAUGGUGACGAGCGAUUUAGAGUUGUGGCAGGAAAAGUUUGCGGCCCAAGCUGAACAGGGCGCAGCCGAAAUCGAAGACGGCGUCGAUGAAAUCGCGCGUCGUAUGAUUGAUCAAGAAGCCAACGUCGUUGGAGCUUCUCUCAUUCAGCAACUGGAAGAGACCAUUACCACCGAAAUCACCAACCUCAAGAACAAAAUCAACGCCCUUGUUUCGCAGAAGUUGCAAGGAACCGAAAUCGACGCCGUUGAGGAAACCAUUCAGGCUGUUCGGGCCGCCGGCGUCGCUAUCAAGUCCAAGGCCCAGGCUAUCCGCAGCUGGCGCGAGCAAUACGACGAGGACCUGCGUAGCACAGUUCUGUCCACUUCUGACGUGCACUUUGCCAUUCUCGAUGAGACGCGCAGCCUGGCUCUGCAGCAGAUUGGCAUGAAGUGGGCGUGGACUGAUGGUGUUACCUACAAGGACUGGGCCAAGUACCAUGAGCUCAAGAGCACAUUCAAAGACUGGACCGAGGAGCUCAAACAGCUGAUUGUCACGCACCCGACGCUGCUCGAGGCUCAGGACGCCGUAGUUGAGAUAGAGGAUCGUGGCAUGACGAUUGCGGCGGCCGCUGCCAAGGAGCUGGCCAGCCUUAAGGAGGUUGUUCAGUGGAAGAUGGACGCCGAGGAUGUCAGCGAUGAGUUCGACGUGGCGCGGCUAAAAGAGAUUAUUGACGAGAAAGCCAGAGUGGCAGAGGAGGCCAGAUUGAAAGCGGAAGAAGAAGCCAGACUCGAGGCUGAAGAGGAAGCCAGGCUCAAGGCUGAGGAAGAGGCCCGUAUCAGGGCGGAAGAGGAUGCUAAAGCCGCCGAAGAGGAUGAGGACGACGAGGACGAACGAAUCCACUCGGUAAAAGAAGCCAGCGAGUCCAAGCCCCUGAUUAGCGCCGACAUUGACGCUGAGCCUACCGAAGAAGACGAGCGCAUCCGUUCCGUCAGGGAGGCGUCCACCUCGCACCCCCUGGUCAGCGAGAGCGCCGUGCCUGAGAUGGAUGCCGAGGAAACCGACGACGCCACGUCGAGCGCUACCGCGACCGAGGAGCCUACCUCUGCUACCACUCCGGAGGAGACUUCCGCCGACGGUUCAAACGACGAGGAGAAGCCCGACGUCCCUGAAGAAGAAGCCAGAGAAGAGCUCCCCGUGCAAGAGGUCAAGGGUGGUUACCGUAAACACGGUUUGCCGGUACAGCCUCCCGACGCCAACGCUGUGGACCGAUGA